AUGGCGACUCCAUUCAGACUGUUCAAAACACAGCUGACAAAGUCGGAUAACUGGUUAACUCAAUGCGAAAAAGAAGCUCAACAGUUGCUGGACUUAGAGUCACUCACUCAGAGCGUGGCUCUCUCAGAUCUUCGCAAAAGGGAGGACAUACUCAAUCAACGUCUAGAAACGGUUCAGCAUGCGCUUGAAAAUUUUGCCACGGCGUUUGAUGAAGCUUACCCUCAACCAACAGCAGACGAGGAGGAGAAAUUGGAAACUCGAAUUGACGCAACACUUCGAAUUCAAGAGAAGGCAACAUCGACCCUCGUCAGCCUCAGAGCUCACAUCCAGGAACGAGCUUCAUCAGAAGGGAGCAGGACGACAACAAGGUCAAAUCAACCAUCGAAUCCCAUUUCAACUUCAAUUCAAGCGCCAAGUUUGCCAGCUUUAAAAAUUCCAGUCUUUAAAGGCGAUUUAGAGUCUUGGAAUACAUUUUGGGUCAUAUUUGAAGAAACAAUUCACAAAAACCCACAUCAUAAAAUAAUCAAAUUCAGUCACCUUUUGAACUCACUACAAGGUCCGCCAUUAGAUCUAGUACGUCAAUUCAGGGUGACAGAAAACAAUUACGACCUGGCCAUCAAAUUGCUACAGGAAACAUAUGGCAACGAGAGCAGCGCCAUCACGAAUCUCUACCGAGACUUCUUGACUAUUGAAGGAAAAAGGACUCGACACAAAAAGCACAGAAAGAGCUCCUGCAGUCAUGCAAAAAUCAUCAUCAACCAACUAGUGGGAUAUGGAGAGAACCUCAACUCACUGCUCCACACUCAAAUGAUGGUAGAAAAGUUCAAUACUCAGAUCCGCCGAGACGUCCUAGCCCAUGAGUUAGCCAUAGAAGAAAAAGAUUGGACCAUAAAUCUUGUGUGUACUGCGUUGGAAGCAGCAAUUCGUAGAGAAGAACGCGUUCGAAACCAAGGAAUCAGAAUCGAAUCCAAGACGACGAAAACUUCUCAAGCUCCAAAUUACUCAGACCACAGUCAGAGGGAGAGCAACAACUCAAGCUCAAACCGUCCAAUGCAGAAAGGCAAAUCAUCCAUGGAGCAGAAGACAGGAACAGGACUUACCUGCUAUUUCUGCGAAGAAAAACAUCUCUCAUACAAAUGUCGUAAGUUUCCUGACGUGCAAUCCAGGAACGACCAAAUCAUAAAGGUCAAAAAAUGCAUCAGAUGCCUUCAAAGGGGCCAUCUUUUCAAAGACUGCAAGGCACCCUUGUGCAAAAGAUGUACUGACGGGAAACAUCAUCAUCUUCUUUGUAAGAAAGAUUUAUCCAGUUCAGUCCAAAGGCAAGAAGCAACAGGAGCAACUCAGGCCACAGUAAGCCGCAGCAGCAGGACGCCUACGCUUUCACUCAAAAAUCGAGCAGAAAAACAGUCUCUUUCGAGGAAAGGGAAGGACGCUGAUUCAUGCGGAGCACUCAACGCGAAGACGGUAAAAAUCAAAAGACAACCGCGCGACGCGACUGACGAAGAAGAUAAAAAGCGACACGUCAGAGGAAUGCUUUUAACAACGUCUGCAACAGCCUUCAACCCAUCGAAACAACAGUGGACGUCAAUUUCCAUCAUGUUCGAUUCAGGGGCCGAUUUUUCUUCGAUCAGCUCACAGUUGGUAGAAGAAUGGGGCUUGACGGUAACAGGAAAGCAAACAUUGAUGCUCCAAACAUUUGGAACUCCUGAACUCAGGAAGACAACACUGAAAGAAUCAGAAAUCAUUCUUCGAACGGUGGAAGGCAAAGAACUCACAGUACCUACUCUACAAUCAGAAAUCCUAGUGGGUACAGUCCCGAAAGCCGACCUAUCUGGGGAAGACAAGAAGUUCAUAUCAGAUAGGAAACUACACAUGAGCGGAGAUUGGUGGUAUUCAGAAGUGACACCAGACGUCAUAAUUGGAGCAGACUUCAUGUUUGACAUGAUCGACUCAACGCAACCUCAGCACAAACUCCCAUCAGGGACGAUCCUGAUACCAACCGUUUUCGGUUAUUCAGGAACAGGUCGCAGCACAGCUCCAACCGAUAGAAUUUUCGCAAACGGUAUAAUUUCCAAAGAAUCAAGUGACCCCUGGAACGAUUUCUGGGACCUCGAAAACGCAGGAAUCGAAGACCAUGCCCACGGCUCACUCAAUUCAGAAACAGAAAGGAUCAACCAGAAAGUUCUGAAAGAAUUCAAAGAAACCGUUCAGCGAAGGGAAGACGGAUACUACGUGAAGUUCCCGUGGAAAUCAGAUGAAACUCCACUCCCGACACACUACGCGAUUGCAGAAAAACGCCUACAAAGCGUUAUCAAUCAGCAACCAUUGGAAGUCUUGAAACAGAUAGACGACAUUUUCCAAGAUCAACUCGAAAAAGGAAUAAUCGAGGAGGUCGACACCCAAAAGAAGACUUCAGAUAGGAUUCAUUAUAAUCCUCACCAGCCGGUCUUGACACCUGGGAAAGAAACGACGAAGUGCAGAGUGGUCUAUGACGCAAGUUGCCAUUUUAAAAAUGGACCGUCAAUGAAUGACCUCAUCAAUCAAGGACCUACUCUCAUGCCAGACAUUUUCGCAAUGCUUCUUCGGUUUCGAGCAGGGAAAAUAGCACUGUUGGCAGACGUCGAGAAAGCUUUUCUUCAAGUUCGUCUUCAAGAGUCAGAAAAAGAUUCGACCAGAUGUUUAUGGCUCAAAGACUACAAAAAGCCUUUCUCGAAGGACAACAUUAUCACAUAUCGAUUCACGAGGGUCAUCUUCGGAGUCAAUGCUUCUCCAUUUUUACUGGAAGCAACCAUUUAUCAUCACUUGGACAACGAAGUUCAAAACUCAAUCCUGGCACAGGAUAUCAAAAAUAACCUCUACGUCGACAAUCUGAUCCUCACAAUGGACAGCGCAGAGGAAGCACUCGACACGUACAGCAGUACGAAAUCCAUCUUCAAAGACCUCAACAUGAACCUUCGAGAGUACUUGAUCAACGACGAAAAAGUACUCAGUCAACUUCCAGAAGCUGAUAGGGCGACGCUGAAGGAAACAAAAGUCCUAGGGAUACCUUGGGACCCCAAAGAAGAUAAGGUCACGAUAAAAUGUGAUCUCGGAUCAGCAACAAAUCCAAAUCGCAGAACGAUUGCCAGCCUUCUCGCAUCCAACUACGAUCCGAUGGGAUGGUUAGCUCCAUUGGUUCUUCAAAUCAAAUUGUUCAUUCGAGAACUCUGGAAACCUCCAUACGACUGGGACACUAAUCUGACCAAAGAACACGCCCACCAAUGGGAGGAAAUCGUGACUCAGCAUUCAAACUUUCAACAUUCUUUGCCAAGAGAAAUUGUCUCUUUGGAGCAAGGAAAUCGAAUCAUUACUUGCACCGACGCAAGCUCAGUGGCGAUGGCAGCUUGUACUUAUGUUGUGCAAAAAGGAAAGAGCAAUCUUCUAAUGGCGAAGUCAAAGCUAGCUUCAUCAAAACUACCAUCUACAAUUCCGAAACUGGAGAUGCAAGCACUCACAAUUGGAGUUCGACUGACAAAAUCGAUCUGCGAAAGUCUAGAAGCAAAAAGAGUACGUUUGGAAGAGAUAAUCAUUCUCUGCGACAGCGAAAUUGUACUGAAAUGGCUGAAAAUGACACCAGGAUCAAAAGAAGUAGGAGUCCUUGUGAAAAAUCGAAUCCAUGAAAUCAGAAAAAUCGUAGCAGAACUGGUCAGAAAAGGAUUCAGAAUACGAUUUGGAUACGUUCGCACUCAUCUCAAUCCUGCUGAUUGCGCUACUCGAGGAUUGGUCAACUCCGAACUCAGUCAGCAUAUUUGGUGGACAGGUCCAACAUUCGCGACAACUCCAACGGAAGCAUGGCCAUCUGAAACAAAUUUGUUCCAACUUCCGGAAGAACCAGGAGAGGAAGAAGAAGAUUCACUCAACACUUCAAAUGACGUCUACAUGGCUAAUGUCGUCGUUAGCGAAGGAAAAGAGACAACCAAAAGGUCAGAAGCGCUAUUCAAAUGCGAACGCUACUCUUCCUUCUUCAGAGCUCAGCGCAUAACAGCUCUUGUUCAGAGAUUCAUUGGAAAAAUCUCCAAAAAUCUGCCAGAAUCAAGAAAAAGAGAAAUUCAGGCAAAAGUUCAGUGGUCACAAGAACCUGAGCUCGGAAACCCAGCCAGAAUUGACAUCGAUGAAUUGAGAGCGGCGAAACAAAAUCUCAUCCGAGAUCAUCAGAAACAUGAGUUGGACAAGACCAAAAUCAAGAAAUGGAAGGACUUUCAAGUCUUCAAGGACACACAGAAAAUCUUCAGAUGUACAGGUCGAUUGGGGCAUUCCAGCCUGACAGAAGAAGCAAAGCAACCAAUACUGAUAGCACCAAACUCAGCAUUGGCACAACUCAUCAUCAUGGAAGCUCAUGGAGAAAAACACGUCUCUCUAGCUCAUACAAUGGCUGAAGUCAGGAAAACCUACUGGAUUCCUAAACUUCGUCAACAAACCAAACACAUCAUCAGUCAUUGCUCAGAAUGUCAAAGAUUCAAUAAACUGCCGUACAGGUAUCCAGAUAUGGAAGACUUGCCCAAAGAAAGAGUGACCAGAGCAACACCCUUUCAGCACAUUGGACUGGAUUAUUUCGGACCUCUCAAUUUUGAGAAAGAAGACGGAACUCAAGGAAAAGCCUAUGGAGGAAUCAUCACAUGUUCAAUCACAAGAUUGAUCUACCUUGACCUCAUGCCAGACUUGACCACAGUCUCCUUCUUGGGAUUUCUCAGAAGAUUCUUCUCCAGACACGGAGUACCACACUCCAUUGUCUCGGACAACGCACCAACGUUUUCUCUGGGAGAACAAAUCAUUCAAGACGCAGUCAAAAGUGCAACGAGAGAUGAUAUCAUUCAAAACCUUAUCGAAAGAGAAGGAAUCCGAUGGAAAUUCAUAACGCCGUAUUCUCCGUGGCAAGGAGGAUUCUACGAAAGACUCAUCAGAUCAGUGAAACUUUCCUUGUACAAAUCACUGCGAAACAAGACAUUGAACUUUGAUCAAUUGGCAACAGUUCUCAUCGAAAUUGCGGGAACACUAAACACUCGUCCGCUCACCUACUUGGAGUCGAAAUGGGAAUCAUCCCCAAUACUCAGACCAAUCGACUUUCUACAGAAGGAUUUGGAGAUCAAAUUCCCAUGGGAAGAUUCCAAUGCCGACUCAGAUGCAGCAUACUUACCUCCAGAAGAAGCUUCCCAACUUCGAACAAGAACACAAGCGGUGGCAGCGCUACAGUACUCACACGAAGCAACAGAAAAAUUCUGGAACAUUUGGCAGACUCAAUACCUGACAAAUCUGAGAGAACAUCAUCAACAACAAAUUGGAAACUCCAGAUCUACGCAGACCCACUGA